AUGCCAACAGGACGCCAACCAAAAAGACGAUCCCGGGGAUCAGGAGCGGACCGGUCACCUCUGCAGAGGCGCAGGAAACCUGUCAAUCCGGCUGAGAUGCAGGAGCAUGGCAACCUAGAGCGCUGGAGAGAGAGCAUACCUGACAGUACCCCCUCCCUGGCGCGUUCGGCUCCAGCCGCAGGACGCCAACCCAAGGGACGAUCCUGGGGAUCCGGAGCGGCCCAGUCACCUCUGCUGAUGCGCUGGAACCUGACAGACCGGCUGAGGCAGGGGAGCCUGGCGAUUCGGCUGAGAUAUCCCCUCACGAAUUACACGUUUGGUACAAAGGAACCUCUCUACGAGAAGGAUAGCUCGGUGGCGGCUCGGUUCCAGAGGAUGCGCGAGGAGUUCGAAAAAAUAGGCAUGAGGCGGGCAGUGGAGGGUGUUCUGAUCGUACACGAGCACAGGCUACCACACGUUCUACUACUGCAGUUGGGGACAACCUUUUUCAAACUUCCUGGUGGAGAAUUGAAUGCAGGGGAGGACGAAGUGGAAGAACUGAAGCGAUUGAUGACAGAGAUCCUGGGGCGGCAGGAUGGAGUGAAGCAGGACUGGGUGAUCGAUGACUCUAUUGGAAACUGGUGGAGACCCAACUUUGAGCCCCCACAGUACCCCUACAUCCCAGCACACAUUACCAAACCCAAAGAGCACAAGGGGCUCUUCUUGGUUCAGUUGCAGGGAAAAGCACUGUUUGCAGUGCCCAAGAACUAUAAGCUGGUGGCUGCCCCUCUGUUUGAGCUGUAUGACAAUGCCCCAGGCUACGGGCCAAUCAUAUCCAGUCUCCCACAACUGCUGAGUAGGUUCAACUUCAUAUACAAUUAA